AUUUUUUGUCCUUCUAAUUAGUCGAGCACAGGUAAGUACAAGAAGUACGACUUUCAGCUGAGGAUCAUAUACUUUAAUAGUAAAAAAUAAUAGUUUUUCGCGAUUUAUAUCUAGCUUUGCGAUAUACAAUCUAUUACUAAGAAUAAUGACUGCUACCGUGGAUCCACGUCGGCCAGACAAGGUAAAUCGUUACAAACCGGUCGACUCUGGAAACCAAGGUGCUGGCGUUGGAGAUGACUUGAUGCCCGAUUACAUGAAUAUCCUAGGAAUGAUAUUUUCAAUGUGUGGCUUGAUGAUGAAACUAAAGUGGUGCGCCUGGCUGGCUCUGUACUGUUCCUGUAUCAGCUUCGCGAAUUCACGUGUCAGCGAUGACGCCAAACAGGUUCUGUCCUCGUUCAUGCUAAGCGUUAGCGCUGUCGUGAUGUCCUACCUGCAAAAUCCGACACCAAUGACUCCGCCCUGGCAAUCAGUUUGAGUUUUUCAUUGUUAAUCUGACUUAGAUUUAAGAGACGAUUUGUGCGCUUUCGUUUUUUGCAUCUGUUGUGAAAAUUGGAGCAUUGUGCAUGGAACCAAAUAAACCUUAUUUGAAGAGAA